GCCCGCAGCACCUGUCGCCCGGUGCGCGGGCGGGGAGGACAGCGGGGGCCAUGGCCCGGUAGAGUCCCCUGGGGAGACCGUGCGGAGUUCCGUCCCGGGCAGGGCAGGGCGAGGGAGGGAAAGUCCUUCCUCGGCGUCCGCGCGGCCUGCGGCAGCAUGAAAAAGAACCAGACGGUGCAAGGCACCUUCAGCAAACUCUUCGGGAAAAAGCAUGCCACCCCCACCACCACCUCCCUCUACGCCACCAACCCACCCUGGAUUUUCACCCAGGAGGCCGCGGAGGAGGAGGGGAGCAGGGACUUGGAUGGAAUCUACUAUGGAGACAAUCGGUUUAACGUGGUGAGCGAGUCAGGAACAGCCACACUGAAAGCUCGGCCGAGAGUCCGGCCCUUGCUGACCUUCCUUCCACUGAAUGCCCAGGAGAACCAUGGGCUGGCUGUGCCCACCCCCUCUGUCCCAGAAGGUUUUGUGAACAAAGAUGUGACAGGUUCCAGCUCUCUCGUCAAUGGCAACCUCCGAUUGUACAGCUCUGUGGGUGACCUGAGGCCUGGGUACUAUGGCCAGAACCCAUCCAUCCCCCCACCUCCCCCAGGCCCAGCCCCAGGGCCACCCCCAGCCACCUCCAAACUUCCAGAAGAGUCCCCACCCCCACCUCCACCUCCCAUGGCUCCUCCCCCACCUCCCCUGCUGCUGGAACCCGAACCCCCACCCCCACCCCUGCCCAGCAUGGCCCCACCUCCACCCCCAGUACUGGGGGCCUUAUCCCCCCCAUCUACACUUUCCUCCCCCUCCACUCCCACCCCUCCUGACUUCAUUCCCCCUGCCCCACCCUUGGCAUCUCUAGCCCCACCUCCCCCUUUGCCAGCCCCAGCACCCCUAGCUCCAGUGUCUCCUCGUAUACCCAUGGGGCCUCUCCUCUUUCCCCCCGGGGUGGUCACCAAGUGGAAAUCAGAGGUCACACUGAAUGGCAGACAGCCAGAGGCCCCCAGAACUAGCCCCCCCAGGAGCCCCGCUGAACCAAAGGGGAGACCCCUGGGACCCCAGCCAGAGCCCCACCUCACUUUCCCCCGUUCGUUCAAGGUGCCUCCCCCAACCCCAGUUAGGACUUCGUCCAUCCCAGUCCAAGAAGUACAAGAGGCUCCUCCAGAGAAAGAAGGGGCUACCAAGAAGGCCCCCAGCAGACUCCCGCUGCCUCCCAGCUUCCACAUCCGCCCUGCCUCCCAGGCCUACCCGGACAGGGCUCCAGAGUCAGACAGCCCAGGGGAGCUCAGAGCAGCAGUCCUGGCCAGCCCCAGGCCAGGCCAGGGCCAGUCCAGGACAAAUGAACAAGCUGAGGCUCUGCCCCCAGCCCCUCCCUUCCCCCCACCUGCACCCCCACUCCCUCCCCCAGCACCCCCCCUUCCUCCCGCUGCCCCUCCUUUGCCUUCUGCUGAGAAGGCAGCCCCUCCACCUGCUGGGUUUGUGAAAAGCCCCAAAUCCAGCUCUCCUGCUCCCAAACCCAAGCCCAAGCCCCCCAGCCCAGAGAACACAGCCUCUUCAGCCCCCGUGGACUGGCGGGACCCCAGCCAGAUGGAAAAGCUGCGGAGCGAGCUGGCAGCCUAUCUCUGUGGCUCCAGGAGAGAGGACCGACUCCUUGGUCACAGGCAAGGCCUAACGGUGGCCUCUCAGGGCAGGAAGGGCCCCAGCCUGCCAGGGAAGGAGCCUCCCCCAAGCCCACCAGAGAACGAGAUUCCCCCGAACCUGCCGGAGGAGUCACGCUCGAACCUGCCAGAGAGGGAGAUUCCCCCAAGUGCUCCUGAGAAGAAGAGUCCCCAGAGCACUGCCAGCCUGACCCUCCCCCCUGUGGACUACACCCCCCAAGACUUCCCAACCCCUAGGGUCAAGUGGAUCCGAAAUGAGCUGGAGGCCAGGUUUUCAUUGUCAGCAGAGAAAGAAGUCAAGCCCAACCCCCUGCCAGAAGGCGGAAGAAUCUUUGAAAAUGGGGCCAAUAAUGGCAAAUUCUCCAAGCCUGUGGCUAAGAAUCUGCCACCCCCAGCCACCACACCUCUGCCAACCAAGCCACUCCAGACCAAGCCCACGCCUGGGCCAGUCACGUCACCCAAGGCCACGCCUGGACCAACCACCCCAUCUAAGCUCACAGCUGGGCCAGCCCCACCACCCAAGCCCAUGCCUGGGCCAACCACCCCACCUAAGCCCACCCCCGGGCCAGCCAUACCAUCCACAGCCACAACUCUGCCCAGCACAUCAUCCCAGCCGAUAGAAGAGAAAGGCCCAGUCCUUGCUGGGCAUGAGAAGCCAGUGGAAUUUCAAGGACUUGCAGUGCCCACCCAGCGAGAGGCUGAGGGGUCUCCCCCAGAGGCCAGUCAGCUGCCCACUCAGGGAGGCCCCUCAUCUCCAGUCGUCGCACCAAAGACGUCCCCUGGCAGAGAAGAGGUGCUGUUUCUCUACAAGCCGCACCGCAGCCAGAACACCUCCAGCAGAGAGGUUGCCGUGGUGAUGCCCACCCUGGCCAGGGGUGAGACUGCAGGGUCAGGGGAGACCAUGGAGGUGAAGGAGUCCCAGGGGCUUCUGUCUGCCAAACCCCCCUGCUCAGCCCAGCCUGCCGAUGAACCCCUCAGGCACCCGGUGACUGGGGAAGUGGUGGAGUGGGGCUCCCCGAUGGCCCUGCUUCUCGCAGCCAGGCAGAGGGCACAAAAGGGACGGCCUGGAGGGGCUGCCCUGGGCCGGUCCUCCCUGCCAGGGAGUAUCCGCAGCCAUAGCCGACAACCGGAGACUGGCUCUGACAGCAUCUUCUACAGCGAGGGCCGGCCCAACUCCUUCAUUGUGGUCCCCAAGCUUUCCAAGGAGGCCCAGGGCUCCCUGCCGGCCUCUACAGCUCAGCCCACGGUCCCCACUCAGUGGACGCCCCAGCCCCGCAGAGACCCAGAAGGCACAGAGCCAAGCCGCUGGCACAACGGGACAAGGACGGAGCCCAAGGCCCCUGUGGCCUGGGAGAGACCAGCUCCCUCCAACCUCCCCCAGAGUCGCCCACUGCCCAAGUCCUUCUCGUCCCCACCAUCUCCAUCCUACAAGAGGGAGGAGGAGGAGUUCCGCUUUGAGGUCAUCCCCCCGCCGCCGGAGUUCAGUAACGACCCUGAGCCCCCGGCCGCGGUUCUUCAGGAUUUGGGUCGCCGGAGCCCCCCUCCCCGGAACCACUUCUCAGACUUGGGGCAGCCCCUGGACUCGGGCCCCGCGGCCACCCCAGCUCGCGGCUUCUCGCGCUUUCCUGCGGGGGCUCGCCACGCUGGGGCCGGCGGCCUGGAGCGCUCCUCGGGCGGGGGCCGUUCUCUCAUCAAGAAGCGCCUGUACGUCGGGGAGGCACCCCGCGGCCCCGGGCUACCCCGCGGCGCCAGCGGCCGCAGCCGCAGCUCCCCCAACUGCUUCGGGCCCCCGCCCCCAGGGCCCUUCCGAGCUGCCGCGGCUCCCGAGAUGCGGCGCGUCAACUCGGCGGGCCGGACGCCCCCCGGCGGCCUGCAGACCCGGAGGACGUCCCUGGAGAGCUCCGUCCGCGGCGCGCCCUACGCGGGGGGCGGGGGCGCCGGAGAGGCCAAGUACAAAGCGCCCGGCGGCGAUUACGGCUUCGCCCCUGCAGUGAGCAGGUCUCCUCAUAGCACCGCCCACUAUGGCAGCCCCAUCAACACGUUCACCGUGAGGCCUGGGACCCGCCAUCCCAUUUCCUAUGCCUACACAGGGGCCCAUCAAAAAGCCCCAUCCUGAGACCUGGGUUCUCUCAGCUCUGCUCUGAGGGGUCGGAUC